GCCAAACAUGCCCGUAAUGGCAAUCUUGUAAUAAAUACAAACAAAACAAUGCAUUUUAGAUUGUAAUACUUAUCGAUUCAUAACAUUUUCUAAAAUGAAAAAUAUUGUACUAUUUUAAAAACGGAGAAAGUAUAUUUAAUCUCUGUGUCACACUUCACACUUAUUAAAAGGAAAAAAAAUUCACAUUAUUUAUUACUAAAAAGUAAAAACGUUAUUAGUACUACUCUCUUAAACCCCUUUAUUUUUGGGUAAUUUUGACUAGAGAAAGCAAAAAAAAAAAAAAAAAAAAAAAAAAAAAGUCUCUCUUCUCUCUUCCUUCCCUAUAAUAUGAAAGCUUGGCCUCAACCUUCAAAAACCCAAAAAAUUUCGCCAGUUUCCUCUGAACAUUUGUCACUCUUUUUCUCUCUCCUCCACUUUCUCACCCUUAAACCCCCAAAUUCUAAAACCCAAAUUCAACCAUCAAAAUCAACAACAACAUCAACAUCUUCAACAAAUUCGAUCUACAAAUUACCUUAGGGUUUCCAAUUUCUCCCCCAAAUAACCUAUUCUUCAACAUGCAUGUCGAUCAAUCUUUUUGAAAACGUCGGACCUCCAUUUCCGACCUAGUUGUUUAGCUGAAAGAGACGAACAACAAAAAAAACUUCGUGUUCUGAGUUAUGCAUUCUAAGCGAUCCAGCCAUGGAAAUGCGAAUGGAAGUAUUGCUAAAGUUAACAAUAACAAUAACACUAGUAAUAUUAACAAUAGUAGCAAUGGAAUGGCGAAACGAACGAGUAGUCGAAUUCGUAGGCCGCCAAUGAGAGGUAUUUUGUAUUAUACUUCUUCGUCGUUUCGGAAGAAUCGAAAGAAGUCGAAAACGAGAACUGCUGCUGCUCACAUUGCUAAGUUAUUGACGCCGAAGAAAUCUAUUUCUGAUUUGGAUAUGACCAACCUUCGGCGUUCUACCAGACAAAGGAGAGUAUCUGUUAAUCUAGGAGACUAUACAGAUAGUUCUGGUUCACAGGAUGAGGAUUUAAUGAAACCUGAAACAUACCGUACAAGAGGCCGGAUUGAUACUGGUGCUGCUCAGGAUGAAUUACUAUCUCCUAAGCGUAGAAAAGUUAUGGAGACUAGAUCCACACCUCGACGGGAAGGGUUGCGUCCUCGUAAUUCCAAACAAAACGGGAGACGUAAAACUCUUGCAUUUGAGGAUGAAGGUAGCUCAGAAGAAAAGGAUGAUGAAGAUGAAAUAGAAAAUGGAAAUGAUGGUGAGGAUAAUGAUGAUGAGGGUGAAGGUGAUGAUGAAGGUGAAGGCGAGGAGGGUGGAGAGGGCGAAGAGGAGGAUGAAAGAGAAGAAGAUGGCGAUGAUGAAGAGGGUGAGGAGGAGCAGGAUGGACGGAGGCGUUAUGAUCUUAGGAACCGUACAGAUGUUCGUAGGCUUUCCUUGGAGGAGAGUAAGCAUAGACCAAGAUCUCCUCGGAGGGUUUUGCAUCAUGGGAUGGGGAACAAGGUCAACAGGGUUGUGGGAAGGGGUGGAACGAGAGUCCACAAACGUCAUCGUUUUACUAGGAUUGAUGAUUCUGAUGACUCUCUCCUUGUGGAUGAGUUGGACCAAGGCCCGGCAAUUCCCUGGGCUCGGAGUGGAAGCAGAUCUGGGCCUCCUUGGCUCUUGGGAGGACUGGACAUGCAUGGGGCAACAGCUUGGGGAUUAAACGUUGCUGCUUCUGGCUGGGGUCAUCAGACAGAUUCUUAUACUUCUUUGACUUCUGGGGUCCAGACUGCUGGCCCAAGUUCAAAGGGUGGAGCAGAUAUUCAGCCUUUGCAAGUUGACGAUAGUGUGAGUUUUGAUGAUAUAGGUGGACUUUCAGAAUACGUUGAUGCUUUGAAGGAAAUGGUCUUUUUUCCCUUGCUUUACCCAGAUUUCUUUGCAAGCUAUAAUAUUACCCCACCUAGAGGUGUCCUAUUGUGUGGACCUCCAGGAACUGGGAAAACUUUGAUUGCACGAGCAUUAGCUUGUGCUGCUUCAAAAGCUGGCCAGAAAGUCAGCUUUUACAUGCGUAAGGGAGCUGAUGUUCUCAGCAAAUGGGUUGGAGAGGCUGAACGACAGUUGAAACUUCUUUUUGAAGAAGCCCAAAGAAAUCAGCCUUCCAUCAUUUUCUUUGAUGAAAUAGAUGGGCUUGCUCCAGUGAGGUCAAGCAAACAAGAGCAAAUCCACAAUUCUAUAGUUUCAACUUUGCUUGCUCUAAUGGAUGGCCUCGAUUCCCGUGGACAAGUUGUACUGAUUGGAGCCACGAAUAGAAUUGAUGCUAUUGAUGGGGCCUUGCGUCGACCUGGUAGGUUUGAUCGAGAGUUUAAUUUUCCGUUGCCUGGCUGUGAGGCUCGGGCUGAAAUAAUAGAUAUUCAUACUCGCAAAUGGAAGCACCCUCCGACUAAAGAACUAAGGAUGGAACUUGCAGCUAGUUGUGUUGGUUAUUGUGGGGCUGACCUUAAGGCACUCUGCACUGAAGCUGCCAUUCGUGCAUUUCGUGAAAAGUAUCCUCAGGUGUACACCAGUGAUGACAAAUUCCUCAUAGAUGUUGAUUCAGUUAGGGUAGAGAAAUAUAACUUUUUUGAUGCUAUGUCAACAAUUACUCCUGCUGCUCACAGAGGCUCCAUUGUGCAUUCGAGGCCGUUGUCAGCUGUUGUCGCACCGUGCUUGCAAAGACACCUCCAAAUGGCCAUGGGACACAUAUCAGAUAUUUUUCCUGCUUCUGCUAUUUCUUCUGAAUUGACAAAAUCAUCUAUGCUCUCCUAUGGUUCUGCUAUUCCAUUGGUUUAUAGACCUCGGUUUCUGCUAUAUGGCAAUGAAGGUGUUGGGCUGGAUCAUCUAGCACCUGCUAUAUUACAUGAGUUGGAGAAGUUUCCUGUUCACUCUCUUGGGCUUCCAUCUCUGCUGUCAGAUCCUAGUGCAAAGACACCUGAAGAGGCUUUAGUACAUAUACUUGGUGAAGCUCGAAGGACAACACCGUCUAUACUAUAUUUGCCCCAUUAUGAUCUUUGGUGGGAAAAUGCACAUGAUCAGCUUAGAGCAGUUCUACUCACUCUGUUAGAAGAAUUGCCUUCAGAGUUACCAGUAUUGUUACUUGGAACAACCUCAGAUCUACCCCCUGAUAUGGAAGGGCGGCAUCGGAUAUUUACUGAACGUAGCAUUUACAAAGUAGACGGACCAUCAAAUGAAGAUCGGGCUUUGUUCUUUGACCGCCUAAUUGAAGCUUCUUUGUCAGUACCAUCUGAAUCUACUUCAAAUAAACCUCUAUCAACAUCAGUUCCAGAGCUCCCUAAAGCUCCUAAGGUGUCCUCUGGUCCAAAUAUCUUCGAGUUGAAAGCAAAGGUUGAAGCAGAGCAGCAUGCGCUUCGUAGAAUGCGGAUGUGUCUUAGAGAUGUGUGCAAUAGGAUCCUCUAUGAUAAACGUUUUAGUGCCUUCCAUUAUCCAGUUACAGAUGAAGAUGCUCCUAAUUAUCGCUCGGUAAUCCAAAAUCCUAUGGAUGUGGCUACACUGCUUCAGCGGGUAGAUUCCGGCCAGUAUAUAAAAAGUUCUGCUUUCCUGCAGGAUGUUGAUCUAAUCUUAAGCAACGCGAAGGUAUAUAAUGGAGAUGACUAUAAUGGAGCUAGGAUUGUUAGCAGAGCGCAUGAGCUUCGAGAUGCAGUGCAAGGAAUGCUCUCUCAGAUGGACCCUGCACUUGUGGCUUUCUGCGAUAAGAUUGCUGCUCAAGGCGGCCCUACUCAAAUGCCUGAUGAUAUUGGGAGCUCUGUUCUACAACAAACUCCUGUUGUUCAAACAUUAACUGUGACUAGAGCGAGUGCCCGGCUCCGUAAUGUCCAGCCAGAGGUUAACCUAGGUCAGAGUUAUGAAGCAUUAAAAAGGCCAAAGAAGAAUGUUGACAUUCUCCCCACAGCUGCUGAAGACAAGUCUAGACUUCCAGAAAUGGUGCCUCCACCAUCAACAGUAGAGGCUCAAGCUAAGUUUACAGCCGAUGAAGGACCAGAGAGCUCAACUGCAAAUUGCAGUGAACCCGAGGCUCCAAUGGAAGUGGAGGAAUUGGAAUGCAGAACAUGUCCUGUAGAUGAUGUUAACGUAGAAGACAGAGAUACUUCUAGCGGCCAAGUAGAAGUGAUCAAACAGCAAUUUUUGGAGCGCACGGAAGGAUGUGGUAUUCCACAGCUUGAAAGGCUCUAUACCCGUAUUAUAAAGGGCGUUUUUGAGACAAAAUCAACAGCAGGUUCAGAGAACAUCAAAUCUAAAGUUGUUCAAUUUUUGUCCAAGUUCUCUCAGGAUGUGACCAACUUUUGAUAUCGGCUUCUUUUUCCCCUUUUCUCCCCACUCCCAUCCCUUUUUUUUUUUUCCCUGGUUCUAUUGGUAGUUGAUUUAAACUAGAUCUUGUACAAAGUCGGGAUCUUAUUUUUCUCUGAAUGAAAAAUACAAGAGUUACACAGGUACAGAGUUCGCUGCA